UGUUGAGCUGCCUCUCUGUACAGAGCAGGGCUUUCAUUCGGGCCGUGGCAGCGGGACGGAGUGAGCCCCGAUCACCAACAGCGCCUCGCCCCGGGGAUCUUGUGUGUAGGCGACCUGCGACGCGGAUUAGGGUCCGAUAACCUCUCCAGAACAUUCUCCCACGGCUCCUGCUCCGAUUUCUCUGACUUCUUACUCACCUCAAACUUACUGGGAUCCUGUCUUGAAGGUGGCUGCAUCAGAUGGGACGUUCGCGAUGGAGGAGGGAUACGAACUCGACCUGACCUACAUCACGGAGCGCAUCAUCGCCGUGUCCUUCCCCGUGGUCUGCUCAGAGGAUGCAUACAGGGCUAACCUGCACGAUGUCACAUGCAUGCUCAAGUCCAAACAUGCCGACAACUACUUGGUGAUCAACCUUUCCGAAAAGCGGGCGGAUCUCACCAAAACGAACCCCAAGACCAUGGACAUCGGCUGGCCCGACCUACAUGCCCCGCCGCUGGACAAGAUCUGCACCAUCUGCAAGGCCAUGGAGACCUGGCUGAACUCCGACCCCCAGCACGUGGUGGUCAUUCACUGCCGUGGUGGAAAAGGGAGGAUUGGGGUGAUCACUUCAUCCUUUGUGCAUUUCACUGAAGUCUCUGCGAGCGCUGACCAGGCCUUGGAACGCUUCGCCAUGAGGAAGUUCUACGAUGACAAGGUGUCACCUCUCAUGACACCCUCACAGAAGAGGUAUGUCUGGAUUCUAAACAGCCUCUUGACUGGCUCCAUAAAAAUGAACGUCUCCCCUCACUUCCUGCAUUGCGUCAUUCUCCACGGGAUACCUGACUUUGAGAAUGGAGUUUGUCGACCGUACUUGAAGGUCUACCAGGGGCUGCAAUUGGUCUACUCUUCUGGCAUUUAUCACAUAGGACCAGGGCACAGAAACAGGCUGUAUAUCGCUCUGCUGCCAGCACAGCUGCUCAAAGGUGAUAUCCUGGUCAAAUGCUACCACAAAAACAUUCGGACUCUGAGCCGGGAGCCGGUUUUUCGUCUGCAGUUUCACACGGGCACCGUUCAGGGCUGCAGCCUCAUAUUUGAGAAGGAGGACCUUGAAAAUGCAAACAAAGACCUCAGGUUUCCGGAUUACGGCAAGGUUGAGCUCGUCAUGUCUGAGAGUCCAGAGAAGAUGCGAGGUUCUGACCGGUGGGAGAAUGUUCCUGUCAUCGACGUGGAAUACAACACUACAGAUCCACUGAUACGGUGGGAUUCCUACCAGAACAUCAGCUGCGACGCUGAAGAAACCCCUUAUCACCUAGACCAGAGCCGUGAUCAUCCAGGUGGAGUGUCACAUGCUCAAGAUCCCAAGGACACCAGACCACCUGCCAAAGUCGGCCAGAGAGGCUCGGAGGGAGUGCCACAGAGACGAUUCCAAGGGGCACCCGCACGCAGCGAUCACACGGCAUCCACCAGCAGUGACUCCGGCCUCUCUAGCGCCUCCUUGAGAACGGGCCAGUCUUGGAAAAGCCCAUCUGAACCAAGAAGGCAGCCGAGCAGACUCAGGUGUGAGCAGGGUGAGCCCCCUAGUGUGAUGUCAGAACGCGGGUCGGCCGCGGUGGAGAGGCAGGCGGGCCUGGGGGAACUUAGGCCGAAGCAGCAGGAAACGGACAUUCUGGACGACGAAGUGCCCGCCCACGACCUGCGUAGCGUAGACAGCCUUGGGACGCUGUCGUCUUCCGAUGGGCCGUACGGAGGCCACCACGAGGGAAGCCAGAACUCCCUGCUGUCGGAAGGCUUUGGCAGCGGAGGGGGUGAGGAGUUCUCCGUGGCACGCCCGCGUGAGGCCAGGGGAGUGGACGGCAAGCGGACGUGCUACUUUCACAGAAGUGCAUCCGUUUCCCCAGAAGUGCAGUCCUUGGCUUUUGGCGAGAGAGGCUACUCCACGCAGACCUGGGUUCACCACCAGCAGAUGGUGGCCGCCCAGCAGUAUACUUUCCGACCCACAGAGGGCGCCGUGAUGUUCUCCCCCAGCAAGCAGAGCGCCCUGCCUAAAUCGUACGGACCUCAAGACACCCCCACGCAAGGGGGAUCCCUGCAGCGGGCUCACAGCAUGCCGGUCCAUGGGCUCGCAGGUGCACACCCUGCCAUCAGAGAAGACGACCUCGCUUCCCUUAACGUGGACAUCGACCAGUCCAUUGACCAGCUGAACCAGCUAAUCUUGGACCUGGACCCCACCUUCGUGCCUGUUCCCACUCGAUCCAACUCGAUCAAGAGAGGUGGCGGGGCUCACCUCAACGGAUCGGCCGCCCCCUACGCAAACGGAAUGAGUUACAGGCUUCUAGGUAAUAAAGGAACCGUGCUGGAAAGCACACGCCAGCCAGAUACCACAGCUUCUGAGUACAGAGCAGUCACAAGACACGGCCUAAGCCGACAGCACAGUGCGACAGAGCACUCGAGGUGGGGUACAGAGGACGAGAUCCAGAACUCUGCCAUCUACACACCUGGUCUGCCAUCCUCUCAGCUAGGUGUCUUGUACAGGAGCGACAGCAUAGAGAACAAGCCACACUCUGAGGAAUUUUCUGGAAAAGUGCCUGCUGGAGCGGAGAUGGUGGCUUCCACUCCUGCCUUCCCCAUCCCUCCGCCAACGCCCUAUGCAAAAGACCUGUUCGAGUUUUCCCAUGGACUUGCCGGAUCCCGGCCCGGCGCCUCCCUUGGCGUGCAGAGGACAGAACGCGAGUCCAGGGGACACCCUGAGAGCCUGGGUCACAUCGCAGUGUCGCUCGAUGGGGAGGGCUUCCCCGUGGCUUUCCCAGGGCCCCCCAACCCUGCUGCAUACCAGCGGCCAUUCGCAUCCAUGCGUGCGGGAUCUGUCGACGGUCUCAUUUCCAGGACAGAGAGCUCGACCUCUAAGCCCCGACUGAGGCAGCAGUGCUCUCUCGGUGGGUCUGGACCUGGAUUCGCUUCCCAGUACCCUGGUUACUUGGAGUACAACCCACAGACCCAAUAUGGCUCCACCCACACGAAUGAAGGCGUCACCUCCUACCACGUCCGGUACCCUCUGAGCUGCAGUUCUGGCCAGAGCUUUGAGGAGCAUGACAGCUCCAGUCCCAGCGAGGGGGAUGCGGGUGUGAACGGGGUUCCGGAGCAACCGCCCCUCCCAGAGAAGAGGAGGGUCUCCCAGGGAGAACAUGGCCUGGGGUUUGGGUCUCAGAUCCUAAUCAACCACAGUGGGAGUCCCACCAACAUCCCCUGCGAAAGCCCCCUACCAGACCCCUCAGCGCGAGCUGCGAGUGCACCCCCGUCGGUACAUGAUGUGUUUGCUGGCAAGCAGGAGACCGUGAAGUUUGUGCAGGACACAUCCAAAUUUUGGUACAAGCCAGACAUCUCAAGAGAUCAAGCCAUCGCGGUGCUGAAGGACAAAGAGCCUGGAUCCUUCAUAGUUCGGGACAGCCACUCAUUCCGAGGGGCCUAUGGGUUGGCCAUGAAGGUCGCCACGCCCCCUCCUUCCGUGCUGCAGCAGAGCAAGAGAGGGGGUGACCUGUCUAAUGAGCUGGUUCGACACUUUCUGAUCGAGCGCACGCAGAAGGGUGUGCGGCUCAAAGGGUGUCCUAAAGAGCCAAACUUUGGCAGCCUCGCAGCCCUGGUGUGUCACCACUCAGUCAGCUCACUGGCCCUGCCCUGCAUGCUCAUCAUACCUGACCGAGAUCCUCUGGAGGACAUCGUAGGGCCUUCAGCACAGACAGCCACCAACUCGGCGGCAGAGCUGCUCAAACAGGGAGCAGCCUGUAAUGUGUGGUUCCUGGGCUCUGUGGAGAUGGAGUCCCUAACAGGCUACCAGGCUGUGCAGAAGGCCACCAGCUUGACCCUGGCCAUGGACCCGCCACCCAUUUCCACGGUGGUGCACUUCAAGGUGUCCGCCCAGGGCAUCACCCUCACAGACAAUCAGAGGAAACUGUUCUUCAGGAGACAUCAUGCUGUCAACACUGUAAUAUUCUGUGCCUUGGACCCUCAAGACCGGAAGUGGACCAGAGAUGGCUCUUCCAUAGCGAAGAUCUUCGGCUUCGUGGCGAGGAAGGGGGGCAGCGCCACGGAAAACCUGUGCCACCUGUUUGCCGAGCACGACCCCGAGCAGCCAGCCAGUGCCAUCGUCAACUUUGUUUCCAAGGUGAUGAUCGGGUCAGCGAGGGCCAAGUAGGACCACUGCAGACCCGCAGGACCGUGCUCAGCCUUGCAUACGAUAUGACAUACAGGUCAUUCGCCUGAAACUGCACACAUGGUCUUUCAUACUUCCUGCCUGGGACUGACUGCUUUGACGUUGUUGGCAAAAGUCUCAUUCCUAAGUACCGUUACUGUUACCUGGCGUCUCCAAGAUGUUUGUUUGAAUGGUACUGAACAGAAUGCCUUCAUCCGGUGCUUGUUAUUUUUAAUCGUUAUUUUGUGCUGUUAAUACUGUAUAUACCUAUAUCCCAGAUCAAUGCCAGUGAUGUGACAUUAACACAGCUUCAUAUCAAAUACUAACAGCUAUAUUAUGGAUGUAAAUGUGCGUAACUUAUAUUGGUCCUGUUUUGUAAAGGGGGAGACACUGCUUUCUGUACAUAUGUUUGGUGAUCUUGCUGCUGAAGCCCCUCAUCACCAUUAUUUUAUUUAGCUACCUGUCCCUUAAAAAUACCAUUAUAUAAACACUAGAGUAUUUUUGUAUUUAAACUCUAAUAUAUUUUAUCACCACAUUGCUAUGUUUAUAUAUAAUACAUUUUUAUUGCGCUAAAAACCUCAGAUUGGUCUAUAUACGCAACAGUGUUUAAUUGAUAUAUGUAGCUUAUUUUAGGUGUUUUUUUUCUCAGUCGUGUAAUUUAUCAUCGUUUACUUUUGGUAAUUAUUUUAAAAGACAUUUUGAAGGCAUCAUACAUACUUUCAGUGUAUUGAGUGUCUUAAGGUUAAAUAGUUUGAUGUCUAUAACAUUCUGAAUAUUUUAGGACUUCUUUUUUUACAAGAAGGACCGACCUGCCUGUGCUCUGUUUGUAUAGUUUGCGAAUAAUUUUAUAAUGUCUAAGAUUUCACACAAUAAUGUACAUAUAAUGAAACGAUAAGGGAGCAUUUCGAUGCAAACUGUUAGUGUUACUAGCUGGGAGUUUGACAGACCCAGCCACAGUAAGAAUCUGUGGCUUUCAAUGACUUAAUACCCAAUACAGUAUUCCACUGCACCCUCAUAUUAAUAUACUGUAUAUAUGCAAAUGGAAAUGGAAUGUUUAUAUAUGUUUAAAAAAUAAAAACCUGAACAUUCCUUAAAUACUGUAUGUUGAUUGGUUCAUUUCGAGUAGCUUUACUCUAUACUGUAUGAUUUACUAACAAGCCAAAAUUGUAUUUUUUUUUCUACUUCAGCAUGUGUAAAACCAUUUAAACUAUUUGUAAUUUAUGUAAAACAUAUUGUAAUUUAUAUACCUCUAAAAGUAGAACAUCCAACAGUGGAUUGGAAAACUAUAAAUGGCAAUAAUUAUAUUGAUUUUUUUCUACUGGACUGCUUGUAUAAAUCAUUCAAACCA